AUGGCAAGCUUGUCUACCAUUCAAGUCGUUCCAUCAGGUAAAGACGCCGAAGAGAAGACGGAGAAGAUACUAGCAGUCGGUGUUGCAUCCGGCAAUGGCGAUCUCAACAACACGUCGGCGAUGCGCGUCGUUGAGUUACCAUCCCAGGACCCUCAAUUCGCUUACCAAUCGUUGGCGUUGUCACUCUCAGAGGACGAUGCCGAGAUCCGAGCAAAAUAUCGGCCCUUCCUCCUUCCUAAAGAGAUCCAGCGUACUGAUUGGAUCAGCCGUAUCGAGCUAGCUACUGUCACCAAGAUGGCCUACAACGAGAUCACAUCUACCAAAUCCAGGCUGAAAAUUCUCGUCCUUUAUGGCAGUCUGCGCAAAAGAUCAUACUCAAAACUGCUCGCCUUCGAGAUCUCCCGCAUUCUCUUCCGCCUAGGCUGCGAUGUCCGGAUCUACGAUCCCUAUGGCCUCCCUGUGAAAGACGACGAACAGCACUGUCACCCCAAAGUCCAAGAACUCCGAGAUUUAAGUCGAUGGAGUGACGGCCAUUUCUGGGUCAGUCCAGAACAGCACGGGAACUUGACCGCCGUGUUCAAAAACCAGAUCGAUUGGAUCCCGCUGAGCACGGGCUCGGUGCGGCCGACCCAGGGACGUACACUAGGUCUUGCUAUGGUGUCUGGCGGAUCACAAAGUUUCAACACGGUGAACAAUCUGCGGAUACUGGGUCGGUGGAUGCGGAUGUUUACGAUUCCUAACCAAAGUUCUGUACCACAGGCUCAUACACUGUUCACUGGGAGUGAUGAUAAGGAGGGAGGGUCACGAUUCAAAGAUUGUGCUAACAGGGCGAGGCUGGUGGACUGCGUGGAAGAGUUUGUGAAAUAUACCAUACUUAUGCGAGGACACUUCGCUUUGUUCAGUGAUCGAUUCAGUGAGAGGAAGGCAAUGGAGCACGGUGAGCGGUAA